AAUUCAUUUCAUUCUACCAUAAAAAACAAAGUCGAGAUAAAACUUCAUAAAAUCAUAAACAAAUUGCAACAAAUUAUUAAAUGAACAAAUAAUUCUUAAAAACAACAAUGUCCUGCUUCGGUUGCAGUAAAAAAUAUGGUUUAUUUUGCAAAGAGUAUGGCUGUCCUAGCUGUGGCUAUUCCUACUGCGCCAAGUGCCUUAAACGUCCAGUGGCUGUGCCCAGACAUAAUAACAAGGUAAUGAAUGUAUGUUUGAUAUGCUACGAUAGAUUGUCCAAAAUACAAGAGGUCGAAAAGGUUAUCGAUGUGGAGACCCUGCCCGGCACCAUAGUGACCAAAGCAAACAAGGGAGCGGUCAAUGAACAAAUUGUGCAAAAAGACAUUAAUGCCCUGCUGGAGGUGGAACCUUCGGCUGCUUUGAUGGGUGAGGUAUUGGAACCUAUAUCCCCAGCCAAAAUGACCACUUCAACACAUUCCAGCGGUGAAAAUUCCGACAUCACCGAAAAUCUUGACAGUGCAAUAUUACAACGUUUGAGGAAUUUGAAAGCUCAUGAUCCCACCACAUUUCCUAGUGAUGAUGAGAUACGUUCGCGUCUUUGUAAACUGAAUGGUAUGCCUCAUAAGGAUUAUUCUAAAAAGGAUUUACUCUUGAAUAUGGAUCAACGUACUGAUCAGGAGAAAAUGAAUGAUUUGUUGGCUCAGUUUAUGGGAGAGACACAAUUGGAUCAACGUUUAGAGACGGAACGGCAAGAUACUCUAUCGGAUAUUGAAAGAAGAUUAAAAGCUUUGAGGGAUGAUCCUGUGGCAUCAUCUACAAGUGGAAAUUUUGCAGUAGGUGCAACUUCACCGGAUACUAAUACGCCCAGUGACAAUGAGAUGGAUGAUGAGACUAUGCUAAAGGGAAUUAUGGAAAAGUAUUUAGCUGAAGCUCGCUUACCUGAAGCUCCCAACAAUUUGGAAACCGAACUAGCAGCUAGUGUACCCCAACCGCCAACAGGUGUGGAGACCGAAGAAUUGCCCUGGUGUAAUAUAUGCAAUGAAGAUGCGGUGUUUCGUUGUAAAGGCUGUGAUGGUGAACUAUUCUGUGCGCAAUGUUAUCGUGAGUGUCAUGACGAUGAUGAGGAAUACCGGGCUCAUGUUAAAGAGCCCUACAGCGCACCACCCAAAUUUAAAGAAGAUCAUUUUUAAACAGCCAGAAUUUUGUUUUCUUGUUUUUUUGUAAGUUUUUAUCAAGUAUUUUUGUUUUUGUUUAUAUGCUUAACAGUAAUUUAAUAUCUAAAUAAUAAAAAUUAAAAGGGGAAAAACUUAUUUAGCAAAAUAAAAUAAUCAAAUAACUACUA